AUGAGCGCGUCGCCCGCCCCUGCGCCCUCGGGCCCAAACUCGACCACUCCAAAUACCGGCGGACCAGCUCCAGUGGUGCGCAGAAAAGCUCCCAAGACCAGCAUCUUCAACACCAAGAAGCCUGUCCGCAAGGCAGCACCCGCUCGACCACCCACUCAACGCUCAGCACCUCCAUCUGCCCCAAACCCAGCGCCCGCGCCCCCUACCACUCAGACCACAGCGGCGCAGGACGCCGAUGGAGAGUGGGACGAAUUCCCCAUCUUUAUCAGGAAGAGCAGUCUGGAGGAAGGCCUGCGGCACCAUGCGCUCAAAUUGCGAAGCCGCCUGGACGAGCAGAGCGGCAAGCCAAUGGUAGUCGACCCCUAUGAUGAGAGCCAAUUUACACGACCACUGCGGCUUCAUCGGCGCUAUGCACGUGACAAGAUGGAGACAGGUGAGCAGUCUGAAGCGGAUGGGAUUGAUGACACUGAGCGCGAGGCGUUGUACAAGCGCCGCGCGGAGCGUCAAGCCGAGCGAGAGGAGAAUCAGAAGUUGAUAGCCCCGACCGGCGGCGACUCGAGCAAGCCUACCAAGAAAAAGAACCAAAAGAAGGUCGAAGAAGGCAGAGAUGAAAGCAAUCCUGCGCGCCAGAAGAGACAGCAGCUUCGCUAUGAGGAAGCGCGCCCAUGGCAUCUUGAGGACUUUGAGGGGAAGAAUAUGUGGGCGGGAAGCUACGAAAGCGCACUCUCCGAGAGCAGUAUCAUGCUGCGGCUCGAUCGGGACGGCUUCCGCAUGGUACCCAUCGAGAAGUGGUAUCAAUUCGUACAAACGGGCAAGGUUAAGAGUGAUCUGACCUCGGAUGACAUCGAGAAGCUUAUGAAUAAGAAGGUCCGAAUGGACAGAUGGGGCUUGGGCACUCAAAAAGCGAACGAGGAAGCUCGCCGGGAGGAAAUGCGGCGCGUGGCGGAGCAGCGCAGGAUGCGCGACGAAGAUGACGAGCCGCGGUUGGAGGACCGCGCUGAGUUUGACGCUGACCGCGAUAUGCUCGACAUGGACUGGAAGGACGAGUUUCAAGAUGAUGAUGAAGGCGUGCUCAUCCAAGGUGACGAAGGCGAAGAUGAGAAGGAAAUAGAGCAAAAGCUUUGGAUGGAGAUGCGUGCAGCUGGCCUGGGCGGUACGGGUGUGAAAGAAGAGGAUUUAGACCCAGAGGAGGAGGAGCGCCAGAAGCAGAUUGCUGAGGAGGAAGAGAAGAAGAAAGCGCGUAGACUGCGCAAGCAGCUGAAGAAGCGCGAGCACAGGGGCGAAUAUGAGUCUGAUUCGGACGAUCUCGACUCUGACACCGAGGAGGAGGAAGACGAAGAGAAGAAGAAGGAGGAGGCCGCCAAGGCUGCUCUUCCGAACGGCGAUAAGUCUGGUGCCUCAUCGCGUGGAACGAAUACGCCGUCUGGACGACCAGAGAAGCGGCCAAAUCCAGAUCUCUCGGAUGCUAGCGGCAACGAGUCCAGCCGCAAGAAAGCGAAACUGAAUGGCAGCGCUGGUUUGGGCAAGGCACACGGAGGCGCUCGCUCGCUUUCUCCCGAUGCUGCCAAGACGAAGCCUCGUUCGACCGGCGGUUCCGGCAGUGGCAGUGACACUGACACCUCCCGCCCUGGCCGUCCUAAGCUGAAGCUCAGGAACAGCCCGCCAUCUGGUAACACGCCAAAUGGCUCUCGCGCAGCUUCGCCAGCCGCCUCCGGCAGUCGCGCACAGAGCCCUAACACGAACGGGGCUACAAAAUCGGCUUUUCCAACUAUCGAAGAAGUCAAAGCUGCGAUUCCACCGACGGGUAUCGAGAUCAAGGCUCUCGUUGGCCUCUUCAAGGCGAAGGUUGGUAACCGGUCUGCCGAGUUCAUUGCGCUGGUCAAGUCUGCUGGCGUUCAGGACAAGAGAGCCCCCGGCCGGAUUUUGCCCAAGGCGUAG